CGUUGCCAACUGCUAUCAAUAUCCAGGGCUGGAAGAUUCGGAACCCUCGCUCGUCAGCCGGAAAAAAUCAACACACAAAAUUUGUUUGUAAAAGAAGUGUAAAUUGUUUUGAAGAUGGUCAAAAAAGUGCUAAUGAUUUGUUUGGGCAACAUCUGCCGAUCUCCCAUUGCUGAGGUCGUGAUGGUUGACACACUGGAAAAGGCCAAGGUCAAGGACGUAGAGGUGGACAGCGCGGCCAUUGGAGGCUGGCACGUGGGUAACCGUGCUGAUCCCAGGGCCAUUAGCACCCUGCAAAAGCAUGGCCUCAAGUGCACCCACAUCGUUCGUCAGAUCAAGAAGCAGGACUUCUCGGAGUUUGACUACAUUUUUGGCAUGGACGACGAUAACAUGAGCGAACUGAGGCGUCUAGCUCCCAAGGACUCCAAGGCAGAGCUUCUUUUGCUUGGCGAUUUUGGCCUGGAGAAGAAGAACCGCAUCAUCGAGGACCCUUACUAUGAACGUGGAGCUGAAGGCUUUGAGACCGCCUAUCAGCAGUGCGUCGUGUCCUGUGCCGCCUUCAUGAAAGAACGCCUACAGAAGUAAAUGAUAUGUAAUGAUUUUGUGAUAUAGAUAAACUAAUAAAAGCUGAUACAAAACGUGAA